AUGCAGAACGAAUCCGAAAUCUUUUUACCUUCAAGGUUACGCAAUUUAAAACAACGACAAAUUCAUCGUGUUCUUUGGUUUUCAUCUCGUUUAUUCCAUCUAUUUGAACAAACACCUAUCUAUGGUUGUUUUCUAUUUUUAAUUUUUUCGAUUGCUUUAGUUGUUGGUACACUCACAACAUAUGAUGAACAUCAUAAAGCAAGUGUACCGAUAUUAAUUAUUAUAGAAUUAACAUUAUUUAUCUAUUGUUUAAUUGAAUUUAUUCUACGAAUUUAUGGAUCUGAAUCAAGACAACGUUAUCAUGGUUUAAAAGGCAAAGUUCGAUUUUUUUUUGAAUAUUAUCUUAUUAUUGAUUUAAUUCUAUUAAUUUCAUAUGGAAUUAUAUUUUUAUUAUAUUUUAUUAAAUAUUAUGAUUAUUCAUCAAUAGGGUUUUUACAUGGUCUUCGUUUUCUUCAAUUACUUCGUUUUAUUUCAUUAGAUCGUUAUAUAAAAUCAAUACCAUUAAUUAGUUUUAUUAUUUGGCAAUAUCGUCGAAUUCUUUUAGCAGUUGUCUAUUCAUGUUUUUUACUUGUUCUACCAACAGCUUAUUUUUUAUGGAUUACAGAACGAUUUAUUGAAACUGAUGGAAAAUAUUUUUUUCAAACAUAUGUAGAUUCAGUAUGGUUUACUAUCAAUUCAAUGGCUACAAUUGGUUAUGGUGAAACUUGGCCUCGAACACUCAUGGGUCGUACCCUUACAGCAAGUUUGUGUUGUAUAGGUCUUAUACUUUGGACACUUCCUGCAGGUAUUAUUUCGGCUGGUUUGACAUCAAUUGAUGAAAAACGUCGUGAAUCAAAACGUCUUCUUCGACCUGCCGCACGACUUAUACUUGCUUGGUGGCGUUUACAACAUCUUAAAAAUCGAUCACGAAUAAAGCUUGGCACAGAUUAUGCGAAUGAAAAAUGUAAACAAUUUAUUGCUCAUCUUGUAUAUGCUCGACUUUGUCGAGAAUUUCAACAUUGUCGAUAUCAUGCUAAUAAUGGAUAUGAUAUUCAAAUUAGAAUUAAUAUUGAUCGAAUUCUUCAAUGUUUACAAACAAUUGAAGAAAAAUUGAAUAAUAUCGAUCGAAAAAUAAUAGAUUGA